CCCUUUCUACGACAUCACUUGAAAAAACAUUACUCAAAGAAUCAAGACGAUCUGGUGGAAUUCUGUGCCCUCUGCGCCGUCUCUGUCCAUCCGUUCCUUUGUUCUGUUCGUUCCCCUCGCCAGUGGCACGUUUUGUUUCCUCGUCUCGUCCCUAACAUCUCCAGCGCAAAUGGGUAACGUAGGCAGCAAUCUACCUCGGGAGCGCCACAAAUCUGGAUCGAAUGAUCCGAUUCCGGGAUCCCCGAUGAAGGACGAUCAGGCGUUCGUGUUUGACCGCAGACCACAGGCCCACGCCGUCGGGUACCCGUACGUUCGCAACGACGAGGAAAUGGAUUACUCCCGAUCGGUGCCGGAGCCGGAAUUUGCACGCGAACCGCGUCAACGUUCCAACACGAUGUCCGAAGGAACGACGCCUGCGGAGGGGCCCGGUGCCGGGGGGCCCGAAUCGGAGGUCCAGGAUGAAACGCUUCCGACGGUGUUCAAGUGGGACGGCGGAGGCAAACAGGUGUACAUCAGUGGCACGUUCUCCAAGUGGAAGGCCCUGCCGAUGGUCAAGUCUCACGGUGACUUUGUUACGAUCAUUAACAUACCGGAGGGGGACCAUCAGUACAAGUUCCUGGUCGAUGGCGAAUGGAAGCACGAUCCCAAGCUGAAAAAUGUCGAAAACGAUACGGGCAUCAAAAACAACCUGGUGACCGUGCGCCAGUCCGACUUUGAAGUAUUCCAAGCGCUAGCCAAAGAUAGCGAAGAUACCGGCAAGGAUGAGUCGAAAGAGUGGGGCACAGAUAUUCCCACCAGCAAACCGUGGGGCAAGGAAUCGGGACCGCCCGUGCUUCCGCCCCAUCUGCUGCAGGUCAUUCUCAACAAGGACACUCCACUAUCGUGUGAACCGACGCUGCUUCCGGAGCCGAAUCAUGUAAUGUUGAAUCAUCUGUACGCACUUUCGAUCAAGGACGGAGUGAUGGUUUUGAGCGCCACGCACCGGUAUAGAAAAAAAUACGUCACCACACUGCUUUACAAACCGAUCUAAGAGGACGACACGUUUCUGCAGCCGCCUUCGAACGACAUGUCGUCUGCCGCACCCUAGAUAGAAAACUAGGAACCAAGGAAAAUGUAACAAAAACAGAAUAACCAUUCGGUUCGGUCCACAUCGGUUCGUUGAACACAAAAAAGCUAGCGAAAGGGCUAUUCUUCAAUCUCCGCAAUAUUACGAUUUUCUGCGGACCGUUCAGCGGAACUAUUCUCGCGAGUGACGUAAUUGAUACGCGAAAAUUAGAUGGGAUGCGUGCCACGCCAUGAAUUCGAAACCGGAUCGUUGAUUAACGCGCAUAAGGUGCAGAGAUGCCCAAUUUAUACACUAGUUAACUCAAACAACUCAACAAAAAAGCGGCUCGCAAUGGCUGGAGAUUACCUCGUCGAGACGCGGGACGAAAAUUGGAUAGUUCUGGGCACCAGUAGGGCACCACACCACACCCAAGGCAGAAUCGGCACCU